AUGACCGAUUGGAAAACAGGAUUCUUGUGUUUGAUGACACGUCCAUGUGAGCCUUUGUUCUAUCCCAAGUACAACGGCCAAACGUACAUGAACUUACCGGAAAACUAUCUUACGGAUCGUUAUCGACCAAUGGCCGAAUUGAUAGGCCAACGAUUUGGAAGUGCGACACCAAAUCAUAUCACUGUGAAACCCGUAGAUCUACCUAAUUUGAGUUAUGCGGAAGUUGUUCCACGACAUUGCAAUUUUAAUUUCUUCAGUUCGGGACAACGUAAAAUCGCUGGUAAACUGGUAGAAUACUUCAUGAAACAACCCGAUCCCGAAACAUUGUUGUCGGUUGCAUCAUACGCUCGUGAUCGCCUGAAUCCAACUAUGUUUCAAUAUGCUUUGUCGGUUGCGCUACAGCAUCGUCAGGACACUAGUGGUAUUCCAAUGCCUACGCUAUUGGAAAUGUUUCCUUUGCUUUUCGUUGACCCAUUGGUGGUUCCAAGGCUGCGAGAGGAAGGUUUUGUUGUAGUACAAUCUCAGCGGGUGGCAGUGGAUAUAUCUUUGAAUUAUACGUCUUCCGACGAAGAUCCCGAACAACGUUUGGCAUACUUCAGAGAGGACAUCGGCAUUAAUCUUCACCAUUGGCACUGGCAUCUGGUGUACCCAGCGGACGGACCUAUUGAGGUGGUUCGUAAAGAUAGACGAGGGGAACUGUUUUAUUAUAUGCACCGACAGAUUGUUGCACGAUACAGCGCUGAGCGGUACUGCAAUUUUCUGACACAGGUUAUGCCUCUGAAGAAUCUGAGGGAACCUAUACCUGAGGCUUAUUACCCGAAAAUUCUGAGCAGUGCAACGAACGUAACUUUCCCUGCGAGACACAAGAAUAUGUUACUAACACACAUGAACAGGCCAGCCGAUGACGCAGUAUCAACUAUACUUGAAAUAGAAAACUUGUUAGGGCGAUACAUAGAAGCAGCCAAGAGUGGGCAGGUUAUUUUGCCCAAUGAUGACAAGAUGACUCUUGAUGUCGAGUCGGGUAUAGAUGUCCUUGGAAAUCUUUUGGAGAGUUCCAUUCUGUCGGCAAAUGUUUCUUACUACGGUGACAUUCAUUCCACAAUACAUGAUUUAAUUGCUUUUAUUCAUGAUCCAGAUAAUGAAUUCCUCGAAGGGCCAGGAGUCAUCGGUGAUUUGGCAACUGCCCUUCGAGAUCCAAUCUUUUACCGUCUGCAUUGGUUUGUUGACGAUCUGUUCGAGCUUCAUAAAAAAACGUUGACUCCGUAUAGCAAACAGGAACUCGGAUUUCCGGAAGUGAGUGUAGAAAGUGUUUCCGUUCAAGUAACAAAUGGGACAGCUGCCAUAAAUCGUCUACUAACAUUCUGGCAAAGGUCUCAGGUCGAUCUUGCUGUUGGACUCGACUUUGGACCAGAGGGUAAUGUUGUUGCCACGUUCACACAUUUACAGCAUGCACCAUUCGUAUAUCGAAUCAACGCAGUAAAUGAUUCGCAACGAGUUCGUCGUGGAACUGUCAGAAUCUUCCUAGCACCGAUAUACGACGGAGCUGGUGAUGUUCUUUCUUUCGAAGAACAACGUAGGCAUGUGAUUGAACUUGACAAAUUCGUAACUGAUUUAAAUCCUGGAAUGAAUAACAUUAUUCGUACUUCUGACGACUCUAGUGUGACUAUACCUUUCGAGCGAACAUUCCGGCGUCAGGAUAUAUCGAAUAUGCCCGGAACGGAGAGAUAUCGGUUUUGUAACUGUGGUUGGCCGGAUCACCUGUUAAUUCCUAAAGGUUCUCCAAGUGGAACACCUUUCGAACUGUUUGUAAUGGUUUCGGAUUACGAAGGUGAUACUGUCAACUUAGAAGUGAAUGAACUUGAAGAUUGUAAUGACUCACACUCCUAUUGUGGACUUCGGGAUCAACUCUAUCCGGAUCGCAGAGCUAUGGGGUAUCCUUUUGAUAGGACCGUUGAUGCCGGUAUAAUUCAAAUGCAGGACUUCGUUCAGCAGUUCAGUAAUAUGAGCCGCACUGUUGUAGAGAUACGUUUCACAAACACGGUUAUCGCUAGAACUUUUCUCCGCUCUUUGAGUAACGUUAUUGUGUUCGAAAUGUCUGGAAACCGAAAACUUCUGACACUUUUGCAGCGUCCUCUGGAACCAACAUUCUAUCCGAAGGAUAAUGGCAAAACAGUGAUUGAUUUACCGGAAAAUUAUCUUACCGAACGUUAUCGUCCCAUUGGAGAAAGUCUUCAUAAUCGUUUCAGUGGUGAUGCGGAUACCAGGAUUCCGGUUCGUAACGUCGGAACGCCCAAUAUUGCAUUCGCUGAGGCAAUAGACCGACGAGGUGGUUUUUCUCUAUUCAAUGCCAAACAUCGCAAGAUUGCCGGAGAUUUGAUAGCGCUUUUCAUUAACCAACCCGAUGUGGAAUCACUUAUGAGUGUCGGCGCCUAUGCCCGUGAUCGUUUGAAUCCAAUGCUAUUUCAGUAUGCUCUUUCAGUAGCGGUUCAGCAUCGUCCAGACACGAAAGAUCUCAACAUUCCGUCUCUAUUGGAACUGUUUCCGGAUUCGUUUGUCGAUCCUUCCGUGUUUCCUAAGCUUCGCGAAGAGGGGUCUGUUGUUCAGCAGGAGAAUCGGAUGACCAUCGACAUUCCAAUGAACUUUACGGCUUCAGAACGGGAAGACGAGCAACGUUUGGCCUAUUUCCGCGAGGAUAUUGGAGUUAACCUUCAUCAUUGGCAUUGGCACCUGGUUUACCCUGGAGAUGGGCCGGAUCAAGUGGUGCGCAAAGAUCGUCGUGGCGAGCUGUUCUACUACAUGCAUCAGCAGUUGAUUGCUCGGUACAACAUCGAACGAUUCUGUGCUCGUUUGUCUCGUGUUCAACCGUUGAAUAAUCUACGUGUUCCGUUGACGGAGGGUUACUUCCCUAAAAUUAUUAGAAGUGCAAACAGUCGAGCGUUCCCCCCGCGGCCGCAGAACCAAGUUUUAAGAGAUGUGAACCGAGUUGAUGAUGAUGUAAUUUUCUCCGUCAAUGAUCUAGAACGUUGGGGUAGUCGAAUUGCAGAAGCAAUCGAUGCAGGUUUUGUCUUAGGGGCAAAUGGACAAAGGAUUCCUCUAGAUGAAAACACAGGUGUCGAUAUUCUUGGUAAUAUAAUGGAGCCAUCAUCGCUAUCGGUUAAUAGCCAAUACUAUGGAAGUUAUCAUGGCGAUCUUCACAAUGUCAUCGCAUAUAGUCAUGAUCCGGAUAACCGUUUCCUGGAAGGAUACGGAGUUGUUGGUGAAUUCCAGACGGCUAUGCGCGAUCCUUCGUUCUACCGUCUGCAUUGUCAGGUCGACAAUAUGUUCCAUCGUUUCAAAAACACUCUACAGCCUUACCCAACAAAUCAAUUGAACUACAACGGAAUCCAAAUUCAAUCGAUUAGUGCACAGCUGAAUAGAACGAAUGCUCCUAGUAAUGUGCUUCUUACUUACUGGCAACGUUCGCAGGUUGAUUUGGCUACUGGAUUGGAUUUUGGACCACAGGGAAAUGUUUUCGCGUCUUUCACUCAUCUGCAGCACGCCCCAUUCACAUAUCGGUUAUCUGUCAACAAUACUACUGGGGCGGUGAGACGCGGUACGUGUCGUAUCUUCCUCGGACCAAAGGUCGAUGAACGUAACACUCCUCUAACGUACCAAGAACAGCGCAUUUUGAUGACAGAGCUAGAUAAGUUCACCGUUACACUCAAUCCUGGAGUCAACAACAUUGUUCGUCGCUCCGAGCAAUCUAGUGUAACCAUCCCGUACGAGAGAACUUUCCGUCAGGUUGCUCUAUCGAAUCAACCUGGUACGGAGGUAUUCCGUUUCUGUAACUGUGGAUGGCCACAUCAUUUGCUACUGCCGAAGGGUACUCCCGAAGGAAUGAUGUUCGACCUUUUCGCAAUGAUAUCCGACUAUACCAAUGACACGGUGAAUCAAGAAUUCGAUGAGAACGUAAACUGUAACGACUCGCAUUCAUUCUGCGGACUUCGUGACCGUUUGUAUCCAGAUCUUCGUUCUAUGGGUUAUCCGUUUGAUCGGCGCGCUGCGACAAGCAUUCGUACGCUUCCGGACUUUAUGCGUGGCAAUACUAAUAUGGGUUUGACUACCGUGCAGAUCCGAUUCACUAAUACCGUUAUCGCUAGAACAUGAGGAACAUGUGUAGCGUACUUGUCACUGUAUCGAAAACUGACGAAUUUUGGAAUGAUAUGAAAUUUAAAUAAAUGAAAUAAAUAAUUCAUUGCUUAAAAAUGUUCAACAA